AUGAGUCUCCAGUCAUUGUCGGUGGCCACUCGCCAACGUUGUCUCCAGUUCCAUCAGUCCACGUCUUCCUGCGUUCUCAACGCGGACGUUUUCGCCUCCAUCAUCCAACUCACAGACCCCGCCACCAUGGCUCAAUGCCGCCUUGUCAGCCAUGCGUUCGACCGACUCUCCAUCCCAAUCCUCGUCCGAUCCGUGAUUCUCAAGCAUUCUGGUGACAAGGCCAUAACCUUCUGUCAAUUCAUGCUUGAAGGCUCCGGUCGACCAUUUUUGCUAUCCAUCCAACAGCUCGUCAUCUAUCCCUCCGUACGGCACCUUGCUAUGAAUUCUUGGAAUACGCCGACCGUCAUUGAUCGCUUCACCUAUCUCGUCGAUUCCCUUUUGGCUCUAAUCCAUGCUGCGAGGGAGUUAAGAACGCUCCGCUUCGUUUCCUGUUCGGAGUUGUUGCUGAAGAAACACGACCCCGACUUGUUCCCGGAAUGCACCCCCCACCCGCAUCUUUCCUACGUAGAACUUGAAUAUAUGUCGAAUCCCAUCCUUCCGGCCUUCCUCUCGAUGCAGCAUCUAUCCUUGGCCGCCUACAGUUUCUCAUCGUCACUAGAAUCGGAAUUACGCUCGCUCGCCGUGUUUCCGGCACUACGAUCGUUCUCCGGACCGACAUCAGCAUUCGUAGCCCUCUCAUUCCACCAUGCACUAGAAGUCAUACGCCUCCAUGAAUAUAUUUCUCGUUUCGCACAACCUGCGUGGAUCCGUACCGCGAGUGAUGUCGAUGAUAUUUUGGGUGCCAUCAGUCGGGUGCCAGCCAGAAGCAUCGCGAUCGGCAUAGAUACACCUGACGGUGUGUCAUCCACUUGCUCCUUCUGGAGCCGGCUGGUGGAUGCUGCUCCCCACCUUGAGUUUCUGGCGGCGACGUUGUCGUCCGAUAGUUACAUGAUCGCGACGACUCUUUCCGGUCAUGAUGCUCUGUUCACAGCACUGAACCUUUUACCCAACCUGCAUCAUGUUUGGCUGCACGUCUUCGACUACUCAGCCUGCUAUGCCACGUGGAACCGCCUCUCAGGUACAUGGAGAGACCCCUACGAGGGUUAUCCUGACCAAAGCCUCACCUUGUUGCGUCAAAACCAAUGCAUAUUAGGAGCGGCAUGGUUGUCGUUCAAGUAUUGCGUUGCGGUCGCACGUUGGAAUUCGGUGGCGCUGCGUCUAGAUGAAAGUGGGCAGACACAUGUGAUGGGACGAACACGCGAAGGGAGAUCCUGGGUCGAAUCUCCGAGCUUAAUUGCCCAAGCUCGGGAUGGGAUUAUGUUCGAGUGGGCGGAGUGCUUGCGCUCCGCGGCCAGGACGACAGUCUCUUUCGCAGACCCAUCGUCACCGAGCAGGUUGACGGGCGCGGAGGCAGGCCUGAUGUAA